AUGUUUGUGUGGAAUGUGUUUGUGGCUAAUGCUUUGCUUGAUUUCUACUCCAAGCAUGACCGUGUUGCUGAAGUGAGGAAGCUUUUUUAUGAAAUGCCAGAGGUGGAUGGUAUCUCUUACAAUGUGAUCAUCACUUGUUGUGCAUGGAAUGAAAGAGUGGAGGAAUCGCUUGAACUUUUCAGGGAAUUACAGUUUACAAGAUUUGACAGGCGGCAAUUCCCAUUUGCAACCUUUUUGAGCAUUGCCGCAAAUGCUUUGAACCUGGAAAUGGGUAGGCAAAUCCAUUCCCAGGCAAUUGUAACAGAUGCCAUUUCAGAAAUUCUGGUUGGGAAUUCUUUGGUUGACAUGUAUGCUAAAUGUGACAAAUUUGGGGAAGCAAAUAGGAUUUUUGUUGAUUUGGCUCAUCAAGGUUCAGUUCCAUGGACAGCCCUGAUCUCGGGUUAUGUUCAGAAGGGGCUCCAUGAAGACGGCCUAAAGCUAUUUGUUGAUAUGCAAAAAGCCAAAAUACGUGCUGACUCGGCCACUUACGCCAGUAUCUUAAGAGCUUGCGCAAAUCUAGCUUCACUAACAUUGGGAAAACAGUUACACUUACAUAUAAUCAGGUCUGGAUGCAUUUCAAAUGUAUUUUCUGGGAGUGCACUGGUUGACAUGUAUGCAAAAUGUGGAUCCAUAAAAGAAGCACUUCAUAUGUUUCAAGAGAUGCCUACGAGGAACUGUGUUUCCUGGAAUGCACUGAUUUCAGCUUAUGCACAAAACGGAGACGGUGGCCAUGCUAUUAGAUCAUUUGAACAAAUGGUUCAUUCAGGUCUGCAACCAAAUUCUUUCAGCUUCCUUAGCAUUUUGUGUGCCUUAGCAUUUUGUGUGCCUGCAGCCACUGUGGUCUAG